UUAUCAGUGGUCAGUAUACAUUUAAGAUCUGGCGUCUGCGCGCGAUUGCUAGUUUACAUCUAAAUUGUAAGGGGGACCAACGAAUACAAGACAACAUGAAGAUUUUAGUAGAAUCCCCCGUGUCUAUGCUGGACCCCUCUCUGCUCCUCCGGCCAGAGAAGUCCUUCAACGGGAAGCCUAUAGAUGCCUUCAGGGAUUACUCCGUUGAUGACACCGACCCCAUCAAGGAGAGGGUCAAGAGGACCUACUAUGACAUGCACACCAAUAUGACCGUGGAUUUCGUUAAAGGCAAAAUGGAAAAGUGGUUAAAAUUCAACCAUUUCAAAUCAACGAUCAAAGACGCCCUGAUCAAGCUGAACGACCUGGUGGACGAGUCAGACCCCGACACCGACCUGCCCAACAUCGUGCACGCCUUCCAGACCGCCGAGAGGAUCCGCCAGGACCACCCCGACGAGGACUGGUUCCAUCUCACUGGACUUAUACACGACUUAGGAAAGGUGAUGGCCUUCUACAACGAGCCGCAGUGGUGCGUGGUGGGAGACACCUUCCCCGUGGGCUGCAAGUGGGGGGAAUCCAUCGUCUACGGACCAGCCAGCUUUGUAGACAACCCUGAUACUUACAACCCUAAAUACAACACCGACUGCGGAAUGUACGAGCCUAAAUGUGGAUUGGAAAACCUGAUGAUGUCCUGGGGCCAUGACGAGUACCUCUACAGGUUCCUGCUCCACAACAAGGCGAAGAUACCACAGAGAGGCCUUUACAUGAUCAGAUAUCAUUCCUUCUACCCGUGGCACGCCGGCGGCGAUUACAACCACUUGCUCAAAGAUAGUGACGAGGAAAUCAAGAAAGACGUCUUAGAAUUUAACAAAUACGAUCUUUACACGAAGAGCGCCGGCAUCCCCGACGUGGAGGCUCUGUGGCCCUACUACGAGGCCCUGAUCGACAAGUACAUCCCGGGAGAACUCGAAUUCUAAACAUUAUGAAACUACGAAAAAUUUGACCGAACAUGGGUUAUUCUUCACUAUCGUCGUAAAGUUUGUUCAUCAUGAGAUUUAAUAAAACUUGCAUCUAGAUAAAGAUCUAUAAAAUAGUAAUAAAUAACUGUUGCACAAAAAUAUAUAUAUGUAUAUAUAUAUAUAUAUUAUUUCUUAUUUUAUAUUUCUUAAAAUAUAAUUUUGUUGGUUAAAUUGUCUAAAAACCACAGAAUUUAUAAGUAGAUAUGUUAAGAUUGAUUAUUCACAUAAUUACAAAUAAAUUUCUCGUUGGUUUAUUUAAUUAUUUAUAUUUAAAUGAAGAUAAAUGCACCGAGCAAGUCGGUUACAAAAUGUGAUAAGAUUUAUUUAUAAUGUAACUAAUAAUUUGAUAAGUCGUAGCAAUAUAAAAUGAAGAUGGUUUUUUCACCUACUACAUGUGUACCAAAGAAAUGAAUUAUUCUUAGGAUAUGAUACAUGUAAAUAUAAGACUAAGCUAUUGAUAUUUUUAUUACUAU